UCCAGACUUCAAAUCAGAAGAGUUACCCCGAGGUUAAAGUGCGCUGAGAUUAGACCAGGAUAAACCAAAAACUCCCCUGGUACAUAUAUCAGAAAUGGACUGUUCGUGGGAGUUUGUUGUAAAAUACCUCCCCGUGGCGGUGGGGACAGCAGGUGUAACCGUCGUCUUGUACUUAUUAAAUCGUGUGGGCUUUUUUUAUCGAAUGCUUCACAAGGUUGAUGAACAUUCAGUCAGACAUGGAGGAGAAAAGGUGGCAGAUGUACUUAAGUCUCAUGGUGUGAAAUAUCUGUUCACUCUGACUGGUGGUCAUAUCUCUCCCAUCCUAGUGGCCUCAGAAAAGCUGGGCAUCAGAGUAGUGGACACCAGACAUGAGGUAACUGCAGUGUUUGCAGCAGAUGCAGUUGCCAGGCUGUCUGGAAAUAUUGGGGUUGCCGUGGUGACAGCUGGACCAGGCUUGACCAACACUGUCACUGCAGUUAAGAAUGCUCAGAUGGCAGAGUCCCCACUUCUGUUGAUGGGAGGGGCUGCAGCAACAUUACUGAAGGGAAGAGGUGCCCUGCAGGACAUAGACCAGAUGAGUUUGUUUAAGCCACUCUGUAAGUUCUGUGCCACUAUUACCAAGGUGAGAGAUAUAGUCCCAGUGCUCAAGGAGGCCAUCCAGGUGGCACAGUCAGGAACUCCAGGUCCAGUAUUUGUGGAGUUCCCAAUAGACACACUGUACCCUUACAGUCUGGUGAAGAGAGAGGCAGGGUUGUCAGACAGUCCAAAGGGGCUGAUCCAGAAAAUUGUGAACUGGUACAUCAAGUCCAAUGUGGAUAAUAUCUUUGCUGGAGCCUGGGAGCAGCAGGACACUACACCACUGACAGUACAGCAGCCACAGGCAACACAGGCACAAGUUCAGAAGUGUGUAGAGCUGUUGUCAAGAGCAAAGAAACCUGUGAUGAUAUUGGGAAGUCAAGCCACACUGCCCCCUGUACCGGCCGACAAACUGAGAGAGGCGGUUGAGAGUUUAGGCAUCCCCUGUUUCCUUGGUGGCAUGUCAAGAGGUCUUUUGGGCAGAAACAGUCCAAUACACAUCAGACAGAAAAGGAGGGAUGCUUUGAGGGAGGCUGAUGUUAUAAUUAUGGCAGGUGCAGUCUGUGACUUCCGCCUCAGUUAUGGUCGUCACUUAAGCAAAAAGGCCAAAGUAAUAGCUGUGAACAGGAGCAAAGAGCAACUGAUGAAAAAUGCUUAUGUGUUCUGGACUCCAUCUGUGGCAAUCCAGGCAGAUGCUGGCAGUUUCCUUGUUUCGCUGUCCCAAAAAUUGAAAGGGUACACUUGUAACAAGGACUGGAUUGAGAUGCUCAAACAGAGGGACGAGGAAAAGGAGAAGGCAAACUUAAAACAAGCAGAGCAGAAGACAGAGUUCCAUCUGAAUCCAUUAAAGGUACUGCAUAAAGUGGAGGAUUUGAUGGCAGAUGACAGCAUCAUUGUUGCUGAUGGUGGUGACUUUGUUGGCAGUGCAGCUUACAUACUUAGGCCAAGGGGCCCACUGCGUUGGUUGGAUCCCGGUGCCUUUGGUACCCUGGGAGUGGGAGGUGGAUUUGCUCUCGGAGCCAAGCUGUGCCGCCCAGACAGUGAAGUGUGGAUUGUGUAUGGGGACGGCUCUCUUGGAUACAGUGUUGCAGAGUAUGACACCUUCACCAGACACAAACUUCCUGUGAUCUCCAUUGUUGGGAAUGAUGCUGGCUGGACCCAGAUUUCCAGAGAACAAGUGCCUUUGUUUGGGAGCAAUGUGGCUUGUGGCUUAGAGUUUACAGACUAUCAUGUAGUAGCAGAUGGCUAUGGUGGCAAGGGUAUUAAGUUGGACCGUGACAAUGAAGACAACAUGGAAGAGGUGAUCAAAGAGGCACAGAAGCUGUGUCGGGAAGGAAAGAGUGUCCUGAUCAACACUUUGAUAGGGAAGACCAAUUUCAGAGAAGGAAGUAUAUCUGUGUGAUGAGAGAACCUAAUUGAAGAUGAAUAUUUGUUGAAGUUUGGUAGACUAAUUUAGAAAUUUUAACAUUCUGAUUGGAAUUUUGUCUCCAGUCUAUGAUAUCUUCACAAUCAUAAACAUAGCACAUAGUCAAAUGUGUUAAACAGAGAGAGAGCAUUUAAGAAUUAAAGCAUUGCUUGUGUCUCCAUCUUGGAGCCUCUUCUAUAUGCACUCAGAAGAUAUUGUUGAUACUAGUAAUGCUCAGCAUUAAGGCAAAUUUACAGUUUAUGCUAUUUUCAGUUUUCUUAUUUGAAAGUUAAGGUGUAUUAUUAUGUAUUAUACUGCAAAGAGAUGCAUUUAGAAAAUUACUGUUGCAAGAUAAGAAUCAUGGUGCACAAUUUUUGCCUGGUGAAAAUUUUGGACAGAGUAUUGCUUCAUCUCUGCAUUUGAAACCAGAUUUUUUUUUUUUUUUGUUAAAUUGCAUUUAAGGUCAUAUUAACCAAGUUGAAAUAAUAUCCAGAACCGUGAUAGAAAUGUACUCAAAUGAAUAGGGUAAUACUUACAUAAUUUGUAGUGUGUAUGUUUGCAAUCUUUGUAUGCAUUCCACUUUCCUGCAUAAUGUAAAAACAGGAACAGAGACAGUGAUUUAAAUAACAAUUGAGAGAUAAGUUCAGAUGUUUAUUCAUUCAAUUCAUAAUGUAAACAGUGAAUAGAGAUCAUCUGGCAUAGUUGCAAUGACAAUGUCCUUCAUUUUUGUUAUGAUAUAAAACAGGGCUGAAUAAUUGCAUUAAAUGAAAAUACAUCCAUUCUCCAGUCA